CUUCAAAAAAAAAAGAAAAAAAAAAGCACCACUUUUUACGUACCACCCAGAUACAGAUUCUCCAUUACAAUCCUCUCCUUUCUCUUUCUAUCUCUAUCUCUUUUAGAUCUGCUCCAGGUUUUUUUCUUUUUUCUUUUCUUUUUUGUUUUUGUUGCUUUUUAGCUUUGCACAGUCACAGCCCACACACCCUCUUUUACCACACUUGGUCGCUUUUGACCUCUUUUAUAUAAAUAUAUAUACACACACACACACACACAGCUGUUAAGUGUGUGUAGUUUGCAUUCUGGGCUUGCCUCUUAUCUCUCUGUGGGCACUUGGUGCCUUCGUUCAGAUCAAAAAAGCCAAAAAUCAUGUGGGGAGAAACUAUGAUUAAACCUGAAGGAGAACUAAAAGUCAGUUUUGGUUAUCAAUGCAAUGGAAACAGAGGUAGCUCUUUUGAGGUUUCCAAUGGAUAUGAAAUCCUACCUGAAAUCCGAAAGAACAGCAGCUUCUCCUGCUUGUCUGGUGCUGCCUUGAGUGCAAAUGCUACACUGGCAAACACAAAUAUUUGCAAAGGUUUGAUAGGAGCAGAAAUACUUCCUAGUUUGGACUCCCCUAAUUCAUUUCGAAAGGUUCCCUCUUCACCAAACCUUUCUAGGUUAGAUAUAUUAUCGUCUUCUCUUCAGAGUAGCAUGUCAAAUUUAAGUUGCAGUCCUUCCCCUCCAAGUGAUAAUGAUUCUUAUCUGUUAAAACCUAUGAGCGCUCCUUCAAGAAGUGAAGGUUUUCUUAAUGCUAUGGAAGUACAAGUGGCAGGUGGGGCUGCUGGUGAAGACAGGGUUCAAGCUGUUUGUUCUGAAGAAAAUGGGUGGCUUUUUUGUGCAAUCUAUGAUGGCUUUAAUGGAAGAGAUGCAGCUGAUUUUCUGGCUGGGACAUUGUAUGAGACCAUCAUGUUAUACUUUAAAUUACUAGGUUGUGAAUCAAAGCAGGAUUUCUCAAGAGCCUCUGAUAGUUUGUAUUUGGAUCGGUGUUGCCAAUAUAUUCUAGACGAUAGUACUAUUUAUGAGGAAAAGCUUACAUCAAGAAUUCAUAAUAACAAGGAUUCAUGUUUUGACCAUAUCAACAAGAAUGGCUCAUCUGCUAAAGAAGAAUUGUCAUGUGACUCAAUUCAGCAUGGAGUACUUGAUAGCUUCCAACGUGCUCUUAGUCAGGCUGAGAAUGAUUUUUUAUACAUGGUCGAGCAAGAAAUGGAGGACCGUCCUGAUUUGGUUUCAGUAGGAUCUUGUGUUUUAGUUGUGCUUCUUCAUGGGAAUGAUUUGUAUACACUCAAUUUAGGUGACAGCAGAGCUGUAUUGGCAACAUAUGGUAAAGGUGAUGAAAUGAGUGGGAAUGAGAGACUGAAAGCUAUCCAGCUCACUGAUAGUCACACUGUUGACAAUGAGGUUGAAAAAACUCAACUUCUGCAUGAUCAUCCUGAUGACCCAAUGACCAUUGUAGCUGGAAAAGUGAAAGGAAAAUUGAAGGUCACUCGUGCUUUUGGAGUUGGUUACUUAAAAAAGAAAAAAUUGAAUGAUGCACUGAUGGGUAUCCUUCGAGUUCGGAACCUUAUUAGCCCUCCAUAUAUAUCCACUCAACCAUCACUGAAUGUACAUAGAAUUUCAAAAUCUGAUUGCUUUGUUAUAGUUGGGAGUGAUGGUUUGUUUGACUUCUUCAGCAAUGAUGAGGCAGUAAAGCUUGUCCAUUCUUAUAUCUUGAGCAACCCUUCUGGUGAUCCAGCGAAGUUUUUAUUGGAGCAGCUUGUAGAGAGAGCAGCUGACUGUGCAGGUUUCACUUUGGAAGAAUUAAUGAAUAUUCCAGCUGGUAGGCGGAGGAAAUAUCACGAUGAUGUAACUGUGAUUGUGAUCAUGCUUGGAACAAACCAGCGAACCUCAAAAGCAUCAACUUGCAUGUGAGUUAUGAAAUGGCCAUCUUCUAUCCUGCAAUAGCCUGUCCUGUAGUACUCAUUGGAAAAAAAAACAAAUCUUGCGAUAGUAUGCCCAGUAAUUUCUACAUUAUAGUUUCCAAAUUGUAUAUAAGAUUACAGAAACACUUGUUCUUGAGUGUAGAAAAGUUUGUUAUUACUGCAUUCUUGUAUGGCACUCACAAAUUGCACGAGUGUCUUUUGUCUGUAUAUAAGCAAUGUUAGCAUUA